AUAAAUAACCACGUUAAAGUCUCGACGUGUUACAACAAUUGUUAUACCUACCACUCUUAAUACUGUGGUUACACUCUGAAGUAAGAAUAAAACAAAAGAAACCGAAGACCGCCAUAAUUAAUAAUAAAUACCUACAAUUGGGUAUUUUAAGGUGUCAAACUGUCAGUCAGUAGUCAGAAAGAUGUUGUUCUGUGUAGGCGUCUUGUUUGUUGUUGUGACCUCAACAGUAGGUGAACCGACAGAAUCACGACUAGUUCGUAUAGACUCAGGUCCUAUACGAGGUUACAAGGAUGCCAGUGAGGAUAUAUUUGUGUAUUACGGCAUCCCGUAUGCCAAGGCACCGAGUGGAUCCGACAAGUUCAAGGCACCUCUACCAACGCCACAUUGGAUAGAACCAUUUGAUGCCGUGGAUAAAGGAAUAAUAUGCCCACAACCUGAUAUUUUUGAUUUAAUCCACAAUAAAACCAUGCAAGAAGAUUGUCUUAUAGCAAAUGUUUACGUACCCAAUGUAGAAAAUACUAAUCUGCCUGUUAUCGUCUACGUCCAUGGUGGUGGAUUUAUAAUGGGGUACGGAGAUCUUGUGACACCAAAAAAAAUCGUCAGUAACAAAGAAGUUAUUGUGGUAAACUUUAACUAUAGACUUGGAGCACAUGGUUUUCUCUGUCUAGGUACUAAAGAUAUACCUGGUAAUGCUGGAAUGAAAGACCAAGUAGCAUUACUUCGAUGGAUACAGAAUAACAUUGCAAAUUUCGGUGGCAACCCUAAUGAUGUUACGAUCGCCGGCUACAGUGCUGGAUCCGCUUCAGUUGAUUUAUUGAUGAUGUCAAAAAUAGCACAAGGUUUGUUUAAAAAUGCCAUUUUAGAAAGUGGCGCCAAUUUGUCACCUUUUAGCGUCCAAAGUGACCCUGUGCAAAAUGCUAAGGUUUAUGCAAAGUUGCUUAAAUUUGAAGAUGAAGAUGUACACUCAUUAGAAGAUUUUUACAAAAGUAUUAGCUAUGAACAAUUACAAUCAGGAAGUGAUUUAAUUAGAACUGACCUUUUGAUGGCACCCUGUGUUGAGCGUGACCACGGUGAUGAAAUAUUUUUGGAAGACAGUCCUUUUAACAUUCUGAACAGUGGCAAAUUUUUACCACUUCCAAUGCUGUACGGAUAUGCUAACAUGGAAGGAUCAGUUAGAGUUCCUGUUUUCGAACAUUGGAAAGACAAAAUGAAUGCAAACUUUUCAGAAUUUUUACCAACUGACUUGAGAUUUAAAAACAAUGAAGAGAAAGAAGCUAUCGCAGAUAAAGUAAGACGAUUUUAUUUUAAAGAUAUGCCUGUAGAUGAGAAAAACAUUUUGUCAUACGUUGAUUACUGGUCUGACACGUAUUUUGAUUGCCCAACACUACGAUCUGCUAGUCUUCAAUUGAAGGCUGGUAAUAAUAAAAUAUACCUUUACGUGUAUUCCUUCGUUGAAGACAGCACUCCUGUAGUUCCAUAUACAGAAGUCCGAGGAGCAGGCCAUUGUUUUCAAACGGUAGCAAUUUUAGAUGGACUUAAAUUUAAUGUAUCAGAUGAAAGUGAGAUAUCGGAAGAUUUAAAAGAAAUGAAAGGAAUAAUCAGGGAUCUAUGGACGAGUUUUGCUAAAUAUAGUCAACCUGAAAGUCCCGGAGCACCAAAAUGGCCGCCUGCUGGAAAUGAUAUGUCACCGUACAUGGAGCUUAAAAAGAAUCCCCAACUCGGGCAAUCUUUACUAAAUAAACGUUGCGAUUUUUGGGAGGAAAUUUACAAAAAUCAUUAUAAUAUUCCUAUUCCACCCCAUAUUCUUCCACCAAAAAUAAAAACGGAAUUAUGAUUAUUUAAUUACUGCGUGUAAAUUAUGACGUUAGUAAUAAAAUGUUCUAAUUAUG